AACUCAUGGGGCGAAACUGUUAUUUCAAAAAACCUGUGUAAUCGCAGCGAGAAAACCCCAAUUCUCUUGUCUUGCAACCCAAGAUUUCUUCUAUAUUUUCUCAAAAACCACUUUCCAGAUUUCAUAUUUCUUCAAAUCGAUUACUCUCUCCACAAAUCGUAUCUGAAGAUGUCGACUGAAGCAAUGGAUGUUCCGAAAACCGGAUUCAGUUUCGAUCUGUGUAGGAGAAACGAGAUGCUGACGAAAAAAGGUUUAAAAUCUCCAGGUUAUCUUAAAACCGGAACCACUAUUGUCGGCUUGAUCUUUGAGAAUGGUGUCAUUCUUGGGGCGGACACCAGAGCCACAGAAGGUCCCAUCGUUGCCGACAAAAACUGUGAAAAGAUUCAUUACAUGGCUCCGAACAUCUACUGCUGUGGAGCUGGAACUGCCGCUGAUACAGAAGCCGUCACAGACAACAUCAGCUCUCAACUGAAACUGCACAGAUAUCAUACCGGACGUGAAUCAAGGGUUGUAACCGCACUUACCCUAUUAAAGUCUCAUCUUUUCCGUUACCAAGGUCAUGUAUCUGCUGCUUUGGUACUUGGUGGAGUUGAUGUGACUGGCCCACAUCUACAUACCAUCUAUCCUCAUGGAUCAACAGACACACUCCCAUUUGCUACAAUGGGUUCUGGUUCUCUUGCUGCAAUGGCUAUCUUUGAGUCAGAGUAUCGUGAAGGGCUUACUAGGGAAGAAGGAGUGAACCUGGUGACCAAGGCUAUAUGCUCUGGCAUAUUUAAUGAUCUGGGAAGUGGUAGCAAUGUAGAUGUUUGUGUGAUUGAGAAGGGUAAGAAGGAAUAUCUGAGGAAUCAUCUGACUCCAAAUCCCCGCACUUACAUCAGUUCCAAAGGCUACACCUUUUCCAAAAAGACAGAGGUUCUUCUUACGAAGAUUACACCACUGAAGGAACUGGUGGAUGUAGUUCAAGUGGGAGGAGGAGAUGCCAUGGAGGAAUAAGUUUGUUACUUGUAAGGUUUACUUCAGCAAGUUAUGCUCUACUGUUUUAGAAUCAGUUGCUUGAGUUUUCAACCAUGUUUGAACUUGCAUUUUAAUGACGAUAAAUCAUGUUGUUUGCCAUCUAUUUGUGUUAAAGAUUGUUGGAUUAAAGUUUGAAGAAUGGUUUACAUAUUCUGGAAA